UGUCUCAGCGGGAAAAACAAAAACAUUACAAAAAUUAUUGAAUUGUAUACAUUAAUUAUACAUCUUAAUACUUGAAAUAUGACGUAGCAAACUUAUUGAAGAACUACAUUUAUGAAAUGAAAGGUUCAGCAUUCAAAUCGUGGCAGAAGUCAGAUAAGGUUAUAAAAGAUGCCCCCGUUCUCCAUCUGUUGGCCUAUGCUAGUGGCGGACUGAGAAGACUUUAUCACCUCAUCAAGACUGACUUGGUCCCUGACCUUUCUGAGUAUGGGGCAAACACAACCGAUGAUGGACAGUUUGAUCCAAAAGGAGAAUGUGUAAUAGGGCUGCGCUAUCGUGUAAAGGAAAUACUUGAUGCUGCUGGCCAGACUGCAGUCGUGGUAUUGGCAGAGGACUUGUAUAACAGGGACAGCGAUGUGGUCAUUAAGAUCCUACAUGCCAACUUCUAUCCAUUUGGGGCACAAGAAAGCUCCAUUCUACAGAGGCUUGCGAGGGCUGACCCUCUUAACCACUCUCAUACUCUGAGAAUGAUUACUUCACUGACCCAUGACGACCACUACUGUCUGGUGUUUGAACCACUGGUACCCUGCCCACUCACAGAGGUGUUCAGUGAUAUCCCUCGAAGCCAGGUGUUGGCAGACAUCCGUGUGGUAGGUCUGCGACUUCUGGCUGCGCUGGGGUUUCUUCGGCAGCAAAAUCUCAUACACACUGACCUGAAGCCAGAUAACAUCCUCUUCAAACGAGCUAGAGACCUUGACAGUGUACACAUCGUUGAUUUCGGCAAUGCCCUCAACUACGUGCACAGUGAAGUAUCCCUCUACUACAAAGAUUUCCGCCUCCAGACACCACUUUAUCGGGCCCCGGAGGUGAUGUUUGGGCUCCCGUUUGGCCCCGAGAUUGACGUCUGGUCCCUCGGGUGUAUCCUCGGAGAGCUGUACCUGGGACGCCCGAUCUUUAUGGGCUCAUCACAACAGGAGAUUCUUACACAAAUAGUGAAGGUAUUGGGACCAUUUCCAGCCAGUGCAUUCAGAGCAGGAAAGUACUUUGAAACAUACAAAGAAUUUACUUCAGAAGAAAACCACACCAACAGCACGCUGGCUAUGAUGGACCACCUGCACUGUGGUGAUGUGAUGUUUGCCAACCUCAUUACUGGCCUGCUCACAUAUAAAGCGGAGGAGAGGUUGACGGCAAGUGCGGCCGCCAAACAUCCUUUCUUCGCCAGCCAUCUACCUCUGUCCUUCCUGGUUGCACCAGGUGAAAAUACAAUUCCUGCACAAGGUCUGGACAGCUCAAUUUAUCCUUACUCCCCAGCAGUAGCUUAUAGCACCAAGAAAAGACAACUCUCGCCUUUGGAACUCCUUAGAUUGGGAACAGUAGAAUUACCUCCCUUUGAUCACAAAUCUACAGUUGUUAAACCAUUGCCAAAUAGGAGAAUUGGCGGUUUUAAACAUGACGAUGGAUAUGGGAAUAACUCUAUAUCCAAUUCAAUUGAUGAAGAUAAUGAAAAAAAACGAAUUGGGGGGAAUGAUUUGUCCGCUGUAAGAAAUAUGGCCCACGGCAUCGAGAGCGGGAAGUUUUCUGACAGCGUUAAGAAGCAGAUGUCAAAACUUUUGGAUGCAAUCAAACAGGAGCAAGAUUUAGUGGAAGAUGACUUUAAUAGACGUGAUGAUAGUGGUAGAGGAGCAAGAAUAGAAACCCAUGGCAAAGGGGUUGUUAGGCCAUGUCCAAAAUAUGGGGAAGUUAGUUUUAUAGAAGUGGAAAAAUCGACAAGAGAUGACACUGAUAUGCUCAAAGAUUUCCGGCAUGAAAAUAUUUCUAAAAAGGAAAGUCAUUAUGAGACAAAAGGAGCCAGACAAAUGGGAUAUGAUGAUGAUCCAGGCAAGAACAUUCCAAUAAGAAAUUAUCAAAAAACUGCUUUUGUGUCUCCGAUGAGAAAUGAUUCCCCAUGUGAGAGGAAUUUACAACUUGGGCGAAAUAAUACAGGUUUCAAUGCAAAGAAUCUUGUACAUGUCUCCGGUCAGGAUGAGAGAAUCUUACACCACCCCACUCACAAUCUCACAGCUGGGAGAAAGUCUUCAACUUGUGUGAAAGAAAUUCACCCAGCAAGAAAAAGAAGGGCAAGUGAGGUUUUUCUCAAUCAAAAUUCUGAUGAAGAAUACGUGGAUCUACUUUCACCGGUGACUAUUAAGCAUGGAGGCAAGAUGGCGAAAAGAUAUAAUAGUGGAAAUAAUAUAGAGUCAGAGAGUAGACAACUUCUUAGAAAAAAACGGGGUAUUAUAGUCCAUAGUUAUAAAAGCCAGGUGUCUGAGAAAUCUGUUCAUGGACAUCAUGGUGAAGAUUUUAUGACAAAAUAUCAGGAAAACGAGUCAUUAAGUAUUGAAAGGCCAAACAAGAAACUGAGAAGUGGAACUAUGUCAAGUCACAGUCAGUUUCAUGACAACAGCUUUCAGGAUGAUUUUCCAUCAACAGCGAGCGAGUCGGAAGAUAACGACUCAAGGAUUCGUAGGCAUAGAAGAGCAGAGCAAGAUAAGAAUGUUAGUGAAAAUGAGACAGUCAAGAAUAACACAAGUGGGAUAGUGGGAAGAGUGACUGGCAGUAGGAUUGCUAAUGAAGAUAAGGUAUCUGGCAGUUGGAGUGUUAAUGAAGAAAAGGCAUCUGGAAACUGGAGUGUUAAUGAAGAAAGAGCAACUGGCCUUAUGAUUGCGAAUGAAGAAAAGGUAUCUGGCAGUUGGAAUGUUAACGAAGAAAAGGCAUCUGGAAACCGGAGUGUUAAUCAAGGAAGAGCAACUGGCAAUAGGAAUGUUAAUGAAGAAAAGGCAUCUGGAAAUUGGACUGUUAAUCAAGGAAGAGCAACUGGUAAUAGGAAUGUUAAUGAAGAAAAGGCAUCUGGAAAUUGGACUGUUAAUCAAGGAAGAGCAACUGGCAAUAGGAAUGCUAAUGAAGAAAAGGCAUCUGGAAAUUGGACUGUUAAUCAAGGAAGAGCAACUGGCAAUUGGAAUGCUAAUGAAGAAAAGGCAUCUGGAAAUUGGACUGUUAAUCAAGGAAGAGCAAAUGGCAAUAGGGAUGUAGAUUACGAAAAUAAAUCUGGCAAAAGGAAUGUUUAUCAAAGAAAGGUAUCUGGAAAUUUUGGUGUUAAUGAAGUAAGAGCAAUUGGCAUAAGUAAUGCUGAUGAAGUGAGAACAAGUGGCAAUAGAGUCAAUGUCAGUUGGAAUGCUAAUGAAGAAAAAACAACUGGCAAUGUUCAUGAAGGAAAGACAUCUGGCAGUUCAAAUGUUAAGGAAAUAAGUGCAGUUGGCAAUAGGAAUAUUAAUGAAGGAAAGGCAGCUGGAAAUAGGAACGCUAAAGACAGAGCAACUGCCAAUUGGAAAGUUUAUGAAAGAAGAGAAACCAGCAAAAGGAAUGUUAAUGAAAGAAUAGCAAUUGGCAUUGUGAACUAUGAUGCAGGAAGAACAGCAGACAAUAGGAGUGCUAAUGAAGGAAUAGCAAUUGGCAAUGUGAACUAUAAUGCAGGAAGAACAGCAGACAAUAGGAGUGUUAAUGAAGGAAUAGCAAUUGGCAAUGUGAACUAUGAUGCAGGAAGAACAGCAGACAAUAGUAAUGCUCAUGAAGGAAGAGCAACCAUCUACAAGAAUGUAAAUGGAGGAAGGAAGGUAAAUAGAGUUACUAGUGGUGUUGGAGUUUAUGAGGAAAGAGUGGGAAGGUGUAGGCAUGUUAAUGGAAGAAAUAAUAUUGAUGGUAGAGCAACCGGCAGUCAUAUUGUGGACAACACUGAAGAAGAGUUACCAACACCUAUCAGAGUGGAUAAAAGUUAUUUAGAAGGUAACACAAACAUGUCGGAAAGCCCAGAGAUUGUAUACAGUGUGCAGGAUGAAAGUCAUGAAGAUAAAAGUAUGGUGGAAAGUGCCCCAAGAAAUAAGAGGGCAAGAUCUUUUAAUGUAAAAGUGAAUAUAAAUGGAGGAAUGACAGUUGGGUCAUAUAAUAGAAAAUCAAAAGAAGAUGAUAGAAAAAUUGUGGAAGAAACUGAGAUGUAUGGGAAAGAAAUGAAGCAAAAACUGGAAAGCAAUAAGAACAAUCCUAGAGACCAGUUUUCAUUUACUGGAACGCCUUUGACAGAGUUGAAGAGCUUGCGUAAAUAUGGAGGUAUAGCAGAAAGAAUUGAGCAGCAGAGGUCUAAGAACAGAAAAGGGGCUAGGAAAAGCCUUCCAUUUGACGUGUCUCCCAAUAAAGAGAAGACAGAGUUGUCUGGAAUUACUUACAUUAACUUGGUUGAUGAUUUAGAUGCAGCUGAACAGAGGGUUGUACCAACUACUGAGAAUAGUGAUUAUGAGCUAGAAAGUGAUAUUGGAAGUGUUUCUGACUAUGAAGAAAGUGGGGUUCUUGAAAAUUCUGCAAGUUCCUGGAACACUCAACAACCAGUCAGGUCACAUAAAGUUAAUCGUUCACAGUCUAGAAGCAAUGUUGAAGAUAGUCAAACGUGUAAUGUCAGAGAUGGGGCAGAUGCCAAACUCAUUAAAGAUGGAGGACGUGCGAAAUGUGUAAAAGAUGGGACACAUCCAACACUUGUAAAAGAUGGGACACAUGUAAAACUUGGAUCUAGACAGUCAUUACCAGGAGUGGGGAAAGUGAAGAUUAAUAGACAAUUUAAUGAUACUUAUGUGAUUGAUUUUGAAAGUCCAAUGAGAGAUAACAGAAAAUGAGAGUGUAUAGAUUUGCUUGAGGCUAUCGUUUUAAUAAGUGUACCACAAAAUGUAUCAGAAUUUCAGUGAAAUGUACAGUGAGUGUCUCAAAUCAAAGCGAAAGGUGUUACUUGUGAAAAAAAAAUCUUUGUCAAAAUGACCCCAAAAAACUUUUGAAUUGAGAUUUUAAAUACUCAGAAAUGUUGAUUUGAAAAAAGCGAUUGUAGGAUUGUACAUGCGAUGAAAAGAUGACUCUUUAGAACUGUAUUGUAGAAAAAAAUAUUGUGCAAAUCGAAGCAUAAAAUAUAUUAACUAGUUUGUUGUACUCAAUUUGUAGUAAACUGCAAGUGUUAUUGUAUUUAAAUGUUUUAGCUAGGUUUUGAAAAGACACAGGGUGCUGUGUCUGGCUGUAAAGGAUUUAAACAUAAUGAAUUUUACAGAAUAUGUUAGGAAUUGUGCUUUAUUGAAUGAAGUUUUACUUAAUUUUAGGUUUAACUGCCAAACAUGUCAAGUUUGCAUGCAUUUAUAACUUAUUAAACUUCCUUUAACCCUUUACUUCAUGUCAAACCAAGCCAUAUUAGGUCUGCCAGUGUAUGGCUUAUCAGUACAUAUCAAUACCCCUUCUUCAUAAAAUAUUAUUGGUAAUUACUGGAAAAUUGACUCUCAUGCAUUACAAACCCAUUUUCCUAGUAUUUCUUUUGGUUUAAUCAAUUAGUAAUCAAUGUAAAGUUUGUAGAGAAUUAAAUUUCCAAUCCAGUGAUAUAAAUUUUAUUAUGUUGUCUAAACUUAUUUCUGCAUAGUAUUUAUAAACAAACGGAAAAACAUGUGAAAAGUGAAAUAAAAUCUAUAUUUUUUUUGUCAAUAUUUUAUCAGAUUUUGGAUCAUAUGCAUUUGCAAUUUUAUGGAAACGUCUUUUGACAACAUAACUAUGUUUUUUUGUGUUAAAAUGCCCCAUACGACCCAUGAAUGAACAAUGUCUUGUAGGUUCUUUUCAAAUAAGAAAGAUAUUCAAUGCAAUAAUGAAAAAUAGUGGAUUAAAUUCAUUUCCUGGUUAGGUUACAAAAAUGGUAAUUUCUUUCUUAAAAUAGCUGCACUCACCACACAUACCAAUACAUUGUUGGUUGGGUAGUAUGGACUUUUUUGACACCAAAAACAUACGGUAUUCAUUAAGUAUAAAGACUUUUUCGGAAAAAACUGCAAAUGCUUUUUGAUUGGAAAUCUAAUAAAAUUUUCUUUCGUUAAAUUUGCUCAACUCCUUAUGACAGCUACACAUGCUGCAAAGAAUAAAUGUAUUAUGCUUGCUAAAUUUUGUACCUCAAAACUUAAUAAUUUUUUUUAUAUUAUUAAAGUGACACUCUUAUUCAAAAUCAAUACAUACACAUGUAUAACAAACAUCAAUUUUGACUGAUAAACCUUUAGUACUUACUAAAACUUACUAAAUGAUGCAUUUAUGGAAAAUAUUAAUUACUGAUAAAAAGAUUGUAGUCGUGUAUUUAAUAGCAGAAAGUGCAAAAAUAUUAAAAGAUUGAGGAAUGCUAAAAGAUUUACUGUGGUUUACUAUAGUCUCAUAAAGUAAAAAUACCAUAAUUAUGCUCAAUUCUUUCAAAUUAAAACUCGGUAUCCUUCAUAAGAACCAUUGUUUUAGACAUUUAUUCAUCCUUUUUGGAAUAUUAAAACAAUAUUAUUAAUUGUAGUAAAUCUUAUCUGGGAGUAAGUGCAUCGUAAAACAUUUUUUGUUUGUGGUCUUUAACUGUGGAAAGCCCUUAUAGCCCUGCAUGCAUUUAGAUGUUGUUUUUUCUGUUCAUGAUAUUGGAAGUGUUUCUGACUAUGAAGAAAGUGGGGUUCUUGAAAAUUCUGCAAGUUCCAGGAACACUCAACAACCAGUCAGGUCACAUAAAGUUAAUCGUUCAUAGUCUAGAAGCCAAAUAAUUUUUAUGCCCCCUUUUGAAAAAAGUGGGGUAUAUUGUUUUGCACAUGUCGGUCGGUCGGUCGGUCGGUCGGUCGGUCGGUCGGUCUGUCUGUCGGUCGGUCGGUCGGAAUACCAAAUGGUUUCCGAUCAAUAACUUGAGAACGCUUUGACCGAGGGACCUCAUACUUGGUAUGUGUAUUGGUCAUCACCAGCAGAUGAACCCUAUUGAUUUUGAGGUCAGUGGGUCAAAGGUCAAGGUCAGUGUGACCUUUACAUGAAAAACGGUUUCCGAUCAAUAACUUGAGAACGCUUUGACCCAGGAACCUCAUACUUGGUAGGUGUAUUGGUCAUGACCAGCAGAUGAACCCUAUUGAUUUUGAGGUCAGUGGGUCAAAGGUCAAGGUCAGUGUGACCUUAACAUGAAAAACGGUUUCCGAUCAAUAACUUGAGAACGCUUUGACCCAGGGACCUCAUACUAGGUAGGCUUAUUGGUCAUGACCAGCAGAUGAACCCUAUUGAUUUUGAGGUCAGUGGGUCAAAGGUCAAGGUCAGUGUGACCUUUACAUGAAAAACGGUUUCCGAUCAAUAACUUGAGAACGCUUUGACCCAGGAACCUCAUACUUGGUAGGUGUAUUGGUCAUGACCAGCAGAUGAACCCUAUUGAUUUUGAGGUCAAAGGUCAAGGUCAGUGUGACCUUAACAUGAAAAACGGUUUCCGAUCAAUAACUUGAGAACGCUUUGACCCAGGGACCUCAUACUAGGUAGGCUUAUUGGUCAUGACCAGCAGAUGAACCCUAUUGAUUUUGAGGUCAGUGGGUCAAAGGUCAAGGUCAGUGUGACUGUAAGCUGAAAAAAGGUUUUCUGAUUGUCCAUAUUUUAUUUUCUUAUAUAGUAGACAGUAGAAAUUUAUAUGUCACUAAAUGCAUGAGUUGAAGUAUCAGUUUUCAGUGAACAUCUAGUUUAAUUAUGCCCCCCUUCGAAGCAGAGGGGUUAUAUAAUUGCUUUGCACAUGUCGGUCGGUCUGUUGGAAGACCAAAGCUUGUCCGAGUGAUAACUCAACAAUUCCCGGACCUAUGGUCAUCAAACUUGACAUGAAGAUUAGGUAUGACCAGUAGAUGACCUGCCUCAUAUGCAUCCAAUGACAAAUCAGCUGUCAUUUCAGUCCAUGCAUAUUUCAUUCAAUUGUCCAAAUAUUUCUGGCAACUUGGCGCUCAGGGGGCAUAAUGUUUGACAAACAUCUCUUGUUUUUUUUUUAAAGUGACACUCUUAUUCAAAAUCAAUACAUACACAUGUAUAACAAACAUCAAUUUUAACUGCAAACAUGCAUUUAGAUGUUGUUUUUUCUGUUCAUGAUAUAUUUAUUCAUACUUAUUUUGCUUUACUGAAUGACUAGUU